AUUCCAGCUGGAUUUCUUUAUGUCAAAUCCAGGGUUGAUCAGUCAGCAAUCGCUAGCUCGCUGCUCAAGGGUUAUCUUCUUUCUUUUCUCCAGUGCCAUCUCUGAAUGAACUCAUUGGGAACCUUCGGCAAGAAGAUGCUCUGGGCGGGCACUACUAGCUCAACCAUGCUACUAGUCGACAUCGUUGUCUUUCUCGUUGCCGUCGCUGUCGCCGUCAAGUUAUACUACAGACAUUCGAGGAACCCUCUUGGACUUCCCUCUCCCCCCGGUCCACAGCCGAGCUUCAUCCCUUUCGUUGGGAAUAUCCCUGAUAUGCCAACUAAAGACGAGUGGUUCAAGUUCACAGAAUGGGGAAAGCAAUAUGGGCCGCUUAUGAUGCUCGAAAUCAUGGGUCAGAAAAUGUGCAUUAUAAACAGCGCACAAGUCGCCACGGAUUUACUCGAUACCCGAUCGUCGAUCUACUCGGAUAGGCCUCCCAUGGUGAUGGUGAAAGAGUUGAUGGGCUGGAACUUCAAUAUGGGUUUCCAAAGUUAUGACUCCGAGUAUAAGAAGAGCCGGAAGCUUUUUCAUCAUGGCUUCAAUCCUCGCGCCUCAGAUGGAUAUCAACCUAUACAGACGAGGGAGCUUACUAUACUGCUCGCAAAGCUCCUUCAAAGCCCGGAACGAUUUGAUGAACAUCUUCGGACGACGACGGGGGCAAUCAUCAUGAUGAUCGCCUUCGGAUACCAAACUGUUGAGAACGAUGAAUUUGUACGCAUCGCGGAAGAAGCGCAAUUAGCCAUGGUAUCAGCUGCUAGACCAGGGGCUUAUCUUGUGGACUUCUUACCAUUCCUCAAAUACGUCCCAGAAUGGUUCCCGGGCACAGGUUUCAAACGGGUUGCCAGAGAGGGAUGGGAACUUGCACAGGAUCUUCAGGAUAAGCCUUACGCUUGGGCGAAGAAGGAAUUUGAGGAGGGUAGAGCACGUCCGAGCUUCUUCACAGCAUUAAUGGCUGCGAAGGGACUAUCUUCAGACGAUACUGUCGAAGAGGCUAAUAUCAUCAAGAAGGCUUCAGCGGUUAUGUAUGCGACUGGUGCCGACACCAUUUUAGCAUCAGUACUCACAUUUUUCUUGGCAAUGCUUCAUGCCCCUCAGGUUCAAAAGGUGGCACAAGAGGAGUUGACCCGUGUUAUCGGGAAUGAUCGUCUCCCAACUUUCUCUGACCGGGACUCGUUACCGUAUAUUAACUGCAUCGUCAAAGAAACUUAUCGUUGGGAGCAGGGUGUGCAUCUCUCCUGUUUUUGGGCUAUUUAUGAAAUUACCUUAACCAUUCUAGUCAUUCCCCUCGGCGUUCCCCACCGGCUAAUGAAGGACGACGUCUAUCAAGGUUACUUUAUCCCUGAGGGUACGACCAUGAUCGUUAAUCAAUGGGGUAUCUCGCAUGACGAGACUAUGUAUCCUGAUCCAAUGGCUUUCCGGCCUGAACGCUUCAUGCAUGCACCAGACGUCAAAGAUGGAGGGCCUCGCGAACCUAAUACCAUUGCAUUUGGUUGGGGUCGUCGUAUCUGCCCAGGACGCUUCCUGGCCGAAAAUUCUCUUUGGUUGCACGUUGCGACAACCCUGCAUUGCUUCAACAUCCUUCCUGUCACUGGGUCGAACGGGAAGGCAGUGAUUCCACCUAGAGACUAUACGUCCGGUCUGGCUAGCCGUCCAAAACCGUUUCCCUGUCAUAUUAGGCCAAGAAACGCAGACGUCGUCGAAUUGAUCAAGCAUAGCGUCGCUGGGGUUGAAGAUCAAUAGGGCUUGUGCUCCCUACCCUUAUUUCUUCUUCGAGUAUGUAGUUGCAGCCCGCUGUGCAAUGUAUAUUUCUCUGGCGGGCGAUUACAGGGCCACGAGUCGCAUGUCCUACCAAUUCAUUUUUCGCGCUCGAGUAUUUUCACUCGUUGCUUUUUUAACCUUUCAUUCCUCAACCACUUUUUCAUCUGAAAGCUCUCAUUAUCGUUCAUGCCAAUAGCCAAUAACCACCC